AUGAUGUUAAGGCCGCUUCUGCUGUUUGUUUUCACUGCCUCUGUUAAUGCAUUAACCUGUAAUUUCUUGGCUAAGAAUCAAGCUGGUUUCUUUGUGGAGGCGUUUGGACCUUGUGCACGUGGAACAUCGUACUGCGCAUCAAGGGUAGUUACAACAUCCGGAUGGGAAGCACCUGUUUUUGAAUUAUUCGAAUGGUACUGUGAGAAUAUACAUAAUGUGACGUCGUAUCUGAAGGUGUCAGUGCCACCGAAUCAAGGAUGCUUCACGUAUGCACGUGAUGAGCAUUUGUGUUUUUGCAACACAGAUCUGUGCAAUACACGACCAUUUAUCGCGUCGAUUUUCAACGGCUACCGAGAAGCCGUGCGAAGAGGGAAUGAAGCCAAACGAACUGAAUUAAUUGGAUCGCAACCGUUGUUCCUGAAUCAGCGAGCUCAGCUCUCCCGACGUGUACCCAAUCAACCAUCGGUCAUCCAAGCCAAUAACAUACGGCCGAGUGCCGAGCAAAAGUUCGAUGAAACGGCAUUGGCUGAAAAGAAGAAACUAGCUGAGUUGAAACGCCUAACAGCACUCAAAGCUGAAGCUGAAAAGGACCGUCGAUGGAAGAUAAGUUUCCGAUGA